AUGUCGAAUUCCACGCCAGAAUUCCUCCGAUUCACAGGGCAUAGAUCCUUCACCCAGCGUCUAAUUCUCUCGACGCUGACUGGUAGACCUAUCCACAUUUCCAAAAUCCGAAGCACAUCGCCUACGAAUCCAGGUCUUGCCCCCCAUGAGAUUUCCUUCUUGCGCCUGCUUGAGGCUGUCACCAAUGGCAGUUCCAUGCAAAUCUCUUAUACCGGUACCACUAUAACAUAUCACCCUGGCCUGAUAACCGGAACUAUCGCCGGUUUUGGCGCUUCCGACGGCGAUGUCAUUGAGCACAACAUCUCUGUUAACAAUACCCGCGGCGUCACCUACUUCCUUAUGCCUCUCUGUUUACUUGCGCCCUUUUCCAAGGCGCACAGAGACAUAUCCGUCGAUUCUUUCCGAACUGCCAUCCUCCCUCUCUUUGCCUUGUUUGGCAUCCCUCCUGCGCGCAUAGAGCUUAGGGUACUUCAACGAUCAUGCGCUGGACCCGGUGGAAAGGGUGGCGGUGGCUGUGUGGAGUUGCGAUUUGCAAGUCAAGUGCGACUACCGAAGACUCUGCAUCUCAACCGAAGCCCUGGUCGGAUAAAGCGCAUUCGCGGUGUUGCAUACUGUACUGGAGUAUCUGCCUCCAACAACGCCCGCAUGAUUCACUCAGCACGAGAGAUCCUGAAUCCUUUGGUUUCCGACAUUCAUAUCGCUGCGCAGUAUGACCAAGCACCUCUUGUACCCACUGGCGACAAGGCAGGAAGCAAGAGACGGCUUGGAAUAGGAUUCGGCUUGAGUUUGGUCGCUGAGUCAAGCGCUGUUGGAAUUCUCUACUCUGCAGACGUUGUCGUUCCUCCCCAGGGCGGCAUUGUUCCUGAGGAUAUUGGAAAGCAGUGCGCUUUCCAGUUACUGGAGAACAUCUCCCAAGGUGGCUGUGCAACCCAGGUUUCAGCCAAGACUAUGCUUGUGCUUAUGGCUAUGGGGUCGGAGGAUGUUGGCCGUCUAAGAAUCGGUAGGGAAGUGCUCGCAAACGAAGAGAUGGUUAUCCUUGCGAGGGAUCUGAAGACAUUUGGCGCAAGCAGUUGGGGUUUGAGGGACGUUGGGGACGAUACGAAUGAUAUCAUUGUUUCUGUUAAAGGCACUGGCGUUGGUAAUGUUGGAAGAAAGAUAGCGUAA